AUGAUAGGUAAACGGUUUUUCCAAACAAACAGCAAAAAAAUUGCUUUUGCAUUUGAUAUUGAUGGCGUAUUAUUCAGGGGUAAGAAACCAAUUGCAGGCGCCAGCGACGCAUUAAAACUACUAAAUCAAAAUAAGAUUCCAUAUAUUUUACUCACUAAUGGAGGAGGGUUCUCUGAGAAAGCACGUACAGAGUUUAUUUCGAGCAAGUUGAACGUUGAUGUAUCACCUUUGCAAAUCAUUCAAAGUCAUACUCCUUACAAGUCUCUUGUUCACAAAUAUUCAAGGAUCUUGGCAGUUGGCACACCUUCCGUGAGAGACGUCGCAGAGGGCUAUGGAUUUCAAGAUGUUGUCCACCAAACCGAUAUUGUGAGAUAUAAUAGAGAUAUUACACCAUUUAGUGGGCUGUCUGACGAACAACUGCUGGAGUAUUCUAAAGAAAUUCCAAGUUUAACCACUAAGAAGUUCGAUGCUGUCUUGGUAUUCAAUGAUCCUCAUGAUUGGGCUGCAGAUAUACAAAUUAUCUCCGAUGCAAUUAAUAGUGAAAAUGGUAUGUUGAAUACUAUGAGAGGUGAGAAAAGUGGCAAACCCUCAAUUCCUAUUUACUUUUCAAACCAGGAUUUGCUAUGGGCCAAUCCCUACAAGUUAAACAGAUUUGGACAAGGUGCCUUUCGCUUGUUAGUUAGAAGGCUUUACUCUGAGUUAAAUGGUGAGUCCUUGCAAGAUUAUACUUUGGGUAAACCAACAAAGUUAACUUACGAUUUUGCACAUCAUAUUCUCAUUGAUUGGGAAAAAAGAUUGUGCGGAAAAAUAGACGAUUCUGUGAACCAGAAGCUGCCUCCGUUAGGUACUAAACCUUCGACCUCACCAUUCCACUCGGUUUUCAUGGUGGGUGAUAAUCCGGCAAGUGAUAUCAUUGGAGCUCAGAAUUACGGUUGGAACAGUUGUUUGGUUAAAACGGGAGUGUAUAAGGAAGGUGAUGACUUAAAGGAAUGUAAACCUACGCUGAUUGUAAAUGAUGUAUUUGAUGCGGUCACGAAAGCAUUGGAAAAAUACGCAUGA